AUGAGAUCGUUAAAUCUAUUAUGUUUUCCCGGCUCAAAUUCCCUUUAUCCGUCCAAUCUCUCCGGCGAUAUAUGCCGCCGGCAACAUUAUCGCCGCCGCAAAUUCAUCAGUACUGAUAACCUCUGCAACUACCGAACCGUAUUUUCAUUUCCUUCUUCUCCCCGUCGCCGAUGCCUUAUCACCGCCAAAGCCAAUACUAACUGUUCUUUGGACGAUGGCGAUAUUCAUUCGUUGCUACAGAUUCUACCUCAUGAUCUGCAUGACAAUGUUUUAUCCACAGCCAAAAAAGCUCAGCUAUUAGAGGUGAUACUGGAUGUGGGCCGAUUGCCCGAGGCACGGUAUUAUGGUAAAGCUAGGAGGAGGCAUUACUUGAGGGAAACUGAGGUAUCAAUGGAAGAGUUAGUACAUGCUCAAAAUGAAAUAGGAGAAUUUGGAGAAGACAAUCGGGCUGGUAUUGAUGGAACCUUGCACAGAAUAUCUGCUAUAAGAAGUAGAGAAGGUGCAGUCAUUGGUUUGACUUGUCGAGUUGGUCGGGCUGUUAGGGGUCAGAUCGAUAUGAUUAAGGAUUUGCUUCAAUACGGAGAGAGCAUAUUGCUUAUAGGAAGGCCUGGUGUAGGUAAAACAACUGUAAUGCGAGAGAUUUCGCGUGUCUUGUCAGACGAGCUUCACAAAAGAGUGGUUAUUGUAGACACUAGCAAUGAAAUUGGUGGUGGAGGAGAUAUUCCACAUCCAGCAAUAGGUGGUGCAAGGAGAUUACAAGUACCCAAACCAUCAAUGCAACACAGAGUCAUGAUUGAGGCCGUGGAGAAUCAUAUGCCCGAGGUAAUCGUUAUUGACGAAAUUGGGACAGAAGCUGAAGUAAACGCUUGUCGUUCUAUUGCUGAGAGAGGAGUUAUGCUUAUAGGCACAGCUCAUGGUGAAUACUUGGAGAAUAUAAUAAAAAAUCCUACACUAUCUGACCUGAUUGGAGGAGUUCAAACUGUGACAUUAGGAGAUGAAGAAGCCAGGAAAAGAAAAAGUAAUAAAAGCAUUCUUGAGAGGAAAACUCUCCCAACAUUUCCCUUCUUGAUUGAAUUGAGGGAAAGGCAUCAUUGGAUUGCGCAUCGGACAGCUAGGAGCUUAGAUUUAAUUCUUAGAGGAGAAAAGCCAUUGGUGGAGGUUAGAAGGAGAGAUAAACAGUUGAAAGUGGUGAUAGAAAGAUGGAAAAGAGAGGUCUGAAUUUAUAUUUGCUUUGAUUCUUUCUUUAUUUAAAUGAUAAAUGACUGAGAAAUGUUUAUUA